GCCUGAUGCCUCUACCCAGCAUGAUGAACUGAUCCAGCCUGAUGAUCCUAUUAGGCCAGUUGACUCGAUGCCCGCUGUUGAUCCAGAUGAUCCGGUACCUGAUCCGAGCCCGCUGUCGUACCUGGUGACCCGAUGCCCGUUGUCGAGCCAGACGAUCCAAUGCCUGGUGACCCGGUGCCCACUGUCGUGCCUGUUGACUCGGAGCCCACUGCCUUGCCAGAUGACGCGGUGCUCGCUGUCGAGCCAAAUGACUUGAUGCCUAGUGACCCGAUGCCCGCUGUCCAGUCAGACGAUCCAAUGUCUGACCCAGUGCCCGCGGUCAUACCAGUUGACUCGGAGCCCACUGCCUUGCCAGAUGACGCGGUGCCCGCUGUCGAGCCAAAUGACCUGAUGCCUGACGAUCCAAUGUCUGACCCAGUGCCAGCGGUCAUGCCAGUUGACUCGGAGCCCACUGUCGUGCCUGGUGACUCGGUGCCCGCCGCUUCGCCUGGGGGCCCGAGACCUGUCGCUCCGCCUGGGGGUCCGGCGCCCGCCGCCCCGCCUGGGGGCCCGAGACCUGUCGCUCCGCCUGAGAGCCCGAGACCUGUCGAGCCCGAGACCUCGCUCCGCCUGGGGGUCCGGCGCCCGCCGCUGCACCUGGGGGUCUGGCGCCCGCCGCUCCGCCUGAGGGCCCGAGACCUGUCGCUCCACCUGGGGGUCUGGCGCCCG